AUUCCUGCUGACUGCCCCGCUUUCUCCUCUCCUGCCACAGAGAUCUCCCCUCUCUCUCUUGUUCGUCUUCAGAUUUUUCUCUUCAACUCUAUCCAUUUGCAAGCUGAGUUACUCGUCACGCGACUUGAUGGAUUUGCAAGAGUAAUCGGGGGGGCCUAUACUCAAAUCUUAGAUGGACAAUGUGAAGGAUAGUGAGAUAUCCAAGAGGACUGUUUUUGUAACAGUUGGCACGACAUGUUUUGAUGCACUUGUCAGGGCAGUGGAGUCUAAGGAAGUUAAAGAUGGGCUGUUGAGGAGAGGGUAUACACAUCUUUUCAUUCAAAUGGGUCGAGGAACCCAUACUCCUACUAAGUCUGUGGGAGGAGAUGGGUCUCUGAGUGUCGACUACUUCAAUUUUUCAUCAAGCAUUGCAGACCAUCUGAGAUCAGCAUCUCUUGUAAUUAGCCAUGCUGGAUCAGGAAGCAUAUUUGAGACAUUGCAGUUUGCCAAACCUCUAAUUGUGGUGGUCAAUGAAGAUCUGAUGGACAAUCAUCAAAGUGAGCUUGCUGAAGAACUAGCAGACAGGAAGCAUUUGUUUUGUGCUCAUCCUCAAACGCUUCAUCAAAUAAUAGCGAGCAUGGAUAUGGAGUCCCUCCUCCCAUACCAUCCGGGUGAUGCCACACCAGUUGUAGAGUAUAUAAACAGAUUUUUAGGUUUCCCUGACGCAUGAUAAAUUGCAAAAUUUAAUACCUCAGAGAAGAAACAACAAGAGUACGCACCUCUAACCUAUUCUUUUUUCCUUUUCUUUUUUUAAUCUUUUCUGCAAUAUGCAAUUUGCAUGCAUUGGUGUAGGACAUUCUGUCUGUCCAAUUGAGUCCCUUAGAUUUGGCAUAGAAGCCUAUGUGGUAUGGAUUAUUAUAGUUUAUAUAAUAAGAUAUGGGAAAUACACUCUUGGGUCAUAAGAAAAA